UUCCUCUGCCAAGGACCUUACCUUCGAAUUUCCUCUGCCAAGGUCAAAUAAUAGUGCAAAGGCCCAAAAUUAAACAGGGCCUGGACAGACUAGUAAAUGUUGGAAUUGGGCUAAAACCUGGAGGCAUAUAACACCCAUGAUAAAAGGUGUGUGAUUACCUUAUCCUCAGAAACUCAAAAGAACCAUGGCGUCACUGCUACUUGCAGCUGCUCCAGUACCUGCUCAAUCUCUCAAUCUUUCUUCGUUAUCUCGUAUUUCAUCUUCUCAUUCCCAAACCCUCGGAACUGCUGUCUCAGUUUCAACUUCCUCCCUUUCACUCUCCGCAGCUUCUUCUCCGUCAAUCCCCUGUGUGUACUGUGGCAAAGGGGAUAAGAAAACAGAGAAAGGGAAGCGCUUUAAUCACUCCUUUGGCAAUGCAAGGCCUAGGAACAAGAAGAAGGGGAGAGGGCCACCAAGAGUCCCGGUUCCUCCAUCUCCACCGAGAAAAGAUAAGUUUGAUGAUGAUGAGAAGAUCGAGAUUGAAAUUGAUGAGUCUCUUUUUUCUAGCUAAUAACUAGGCGACCAUUAUGGUUAAUUUGUUUAUUUCUCUUGUAAUUCUUAUACUCAAAAACUUGGGUAUGCUGUAUUUGCAGUUGUUAACACACUCUUUUAUAUGAUUUCUUCUCUGCUAUUGAGUUUUGGGUUCUUUUUUGUUGUAUCAAGUUGGGAACUUGUGAAAAUGAAACAUGACAACAAUCAUUCUAUGACAACUUUUGA